AUGGCAGGAAGUGGGACAGCUAGAUAUUCCAAGAUGACUGCGCUUAUCAACUACAGGCUACGAGUGACCCUUCAAGACGGAAGGGUUCUUGUAGGCCAAUUGAUUGCCUUUGAUAAACACAUGAAUUUGGUGCUCUCAGAUUGUGAAGAGUUCAGAAGGACAAAGAAAGCCUCUGCAAUUUCUUCUUCCAAGAAAAAGGCACUUUCUCAAGGACUUUCGCCAUCAAUUGCGGCUCUUGCUGCAAAUAUGGAAGAAAGGCGAACUCUUGGUCUGCUUGUACUUCGUGGAGAAAACGUCAUAUCCAUCGUUGUUGAAGCGGGCCCCCCUCCAGAUCUUUCUGCCUCUGCACAUUUCCAGAAAACCGCAAAUGCCCCACUGAUGCCCGGUGCUGCUGGGCCUGCUCCUGGGCUGGCAGGGGCUAUUAGAGGCGUUGCAGGCGGCACUGCAAUGCCUGCAUCGGCCAGACCGCCACCCAUGCCCAUGAUUCCCGGAAUCUCUCCAGGAAUGAUGCCUCCCCCUCCUGUGAUGCCCCACGGAAUGAUGCCACCGCUUUCAAUGAUGUCACAUGGAAUGGUGCCCCCUCUUCCUCAGAACAUGAUGAUGCCUCCUCCUCCUCCUCCUCAGUUCCACCCACCGCCAUCCUAG